AUGUCUUCAGAAAAUAAAGAAGAAUAAGGAUAAGGCACAUCGUAUUUAUUUGAUAAUCUUCGUAGGCUUAUAAAUGUAGUAGAUGAAUUAAGAGAUGUUGGUCUCCAAGAGUAUAUAAGACUUCCCAGAAUAGCAGUCGUCGGAUCACAAUCUUCAGGAAAAUCUUCCCUUUUAGAAAAUAUAGUAGGGUUAGAUUUUCUUCCAAGAGGAUCAGGAGUAGUAACAAGGAGACCUUUAGAAUUAAGAUUAGUUCGUGUACCAGAAAAUAUUUAAAAAAUAAAACCAUAUGCCAUAUUUGAAAAUGAUAAAAAAAUUAAAUAUGAAGACUUUGAUAAAGUACGUUAAUAAAUAGAGUUUCUUACAGAUUAAGUAGCAGGUAAAAAAAAAGCCAUUGUAAAUGAUCCUAUCAUAAUGACAGUAUAUUCAAAUGAUUGCUUAGAUUUAACAUUAAUCGAUUUACCAGGAAUUACUAGAAUUCCAUUAAAAGAUUCCGAUUAAUCAGUCAAUGUUGAAUAAUUAACAAAGGAAAUGGCCAUGCAUUAUAUAAAAGAUGAUCGUACAAUUAUAUUAUGUGUAGUUCCUGGAAACUAAGAUAUAUCGAAUUCUGAUGGUUUAUAACUAGCUAGGGAAGUUGAUAAGGAAGGAAACAGAACAGUUGGUGUUAUAACUAAACUUGAUAUAAUGGAUAAAGGAACAAAUGCAAGAAGAAGUUUAUUAGGAUAAGAUAUAUAAUUAAAAUUGGGAUUUAUAGGAGUUGUAAAUAGAUCAUAAUAAGAUAUAGAUAAUAGGAUAAGAGUAUAAAAAGCUUUAGAAGAAGAGAAUAAAUUUUUCUAAAAACAUCCUGUUUAUUCAACUAUGGAUCCUAAAUAUUUAGGUACAAAAUCUCUUACUACGAAAUUAAAAAUUAAAGAAAAAAUUAAAGAAUGCGAAGAUCGUUUAAAUGAAUUAGGACCUUCACUUCCUAGAUAAAAUAAAGAGAAAAUGUAAAUGAUAUGGACUCUUAUCACUGAAUUUGUUGAUAAUUAUAGAAAUAGUAUUAAAGGAAAAUAUGAUUAAAAAAGAACUACUAUUCAUAAAGAAUUAUCUGGUGGGUCAGUUAUUAGAAUGAUGUUUAAUGAAUUAUAUGAAGAUCUUGUAUAAAAAGGAUAUAGGGCUACAAGAGAAUAUACUGAUAAUGAUAUUAAAACUGGAAUUUAAUUACAUUAAGGUGAUUCUAUACCUGGAUUUCCGUCUAUUGAUGCUUUCCUUUAUUUAAUUAAUCCUUAAUUGGAAAAACUGAGAGAACCUGCUUAUGAAUGUUUAUAGAAGAUUUAUAGUUAUUUAGAAGGUUUAGCUAAUAAAAUAUUGAAAAAAACAUUCGAAAGAUUCCCUUUUGUUUUAGAAACUAUUAUUGAAAUAACUAGCAGAGUGUUAUAGAAUUUAAGAGAUGAAGCAAAAGUAGUCAUUAGUAAUGUAAUUGAUUAAGAAUAAGGAUAUUUAUUUACUAAUGAUAUAAAUUAUUUAUAAUAAAGAACUAAUAUGAUACCUAAUUAAGAACCUGCUGUUGCAUAACCUAAUUCAUAAUAAUAAUAAAAUAAUUCUAAUUAAUAAUAAUAAUAACAAUAAUAAAAAUAAGUCUCCUCUGCUGAUAUAGAAAAAGCUUUCAUUAAUGAAUUAAGAUAAAGAGUUGAUAAUUAUUUUUCGAUCUUAGUAAGAAACGUUAGAGAUACUAUUCCUAAAUCAAUUGGAUUUUUCUUGGUUAAAGCUUCUUAGGAUUAAUUAUAAUUUUAAUUAUAUAAUGAAUUACUAAGAAAUGAAGAAUCAUUGAAUAGUAUUGCUGAACCUCCAAGUGUUGCAGAAGAAAGAGAAUCUAUUAGAAAAACUAUGGAAGUGCUAAAUAAUGCUGCGAAAGUUAUUAAAAGAGAUCCUGAACUAUAACCAAGAAUAUCUGAUAAAUGA